CCGUUAAACAUCAAAGAAGAAGAAGAGCCGGUUUGUAAACAUUAGUCUGUGUCAGUGGAGAGCAGACAGCUAACAAAAACGUACAUUUAAUGUAGUGUUCCAGCGGCGAUAAAAAUGAUACAAACACAGUUUUAUCUGUACAAAAUGUGUCAGCGCUGACGAGCUGCUCUCAUGUGAAUUAUGAGACGUUUACGUAGCUACGUUUAACGGCCAGUCCGACCGUUAGCGACCGUUAGCAACCGUUAGCAAGUCAAUGGACGUAGUGACAGAUAAUUCAAAUAAUCAACAUUUAUCGCCUUUAACUCUUUCACCAUAAGUUACCGGGAUGAUCUCUCAGGUCUUCAUCUUGUCCUCAAAGGGGGACCACCUCAUCUAUAAAGACUUCCGUGGCGAAGCUGGAAGUGACGUCGUCGGUGUUUUCUAUGAGAAGGUCACAGCGCUGACUGGAGACCAGCCUCCAGUCGUCAUGAGUCACAAAGAUCUUCACUUCGUCCACGUCAGGCAGGGCGGACUCUACUGGGUCGCCACGACUACAGCUGACUCCUCCCCCUUCACCAUCAUCGAGUUCCUCAACAGGUUGACAGCUCUGGUUAAAGAUUACUGUGGCAGCUUGUCAGAGAAGUCAGUCCAGAUGAACUUUGCCCUCAUCUACGAGCUGCUGGACGAGAUUGUGGACUAUGGUUACAUCCAGACAACGUCCUCCGAUGUCCUGAAGAACUUCAUCCAGACUGAAGCGGUCUCCUCCAAACCGUUUAGCCUGUUUGACCUCAGUAACGUUGGCUUGUUUGGAGCAGAGACACAACAGAGUAAAGUGGCUCCGAGCUCUGCAGCCACCAGACCAAUCCAGUCCAGCAGGGAGCAGGGAGGGAAGAGCGAGAUAUUUGUGGAUGUGAUUGAGAGGAUGUCGGUCGUCAUCGGCUCCAACGGAGUUCUGAUGAAGGCCGACAUCGAGGGAGAGAUCAAAGUCAAGUGCUACAUGCCGAGCUGCUCAGAAAUGCGAAUUGGCCUGAAUGAAGAAUUCAGCAUCGGCAAGUCACAGCUCAGAGGUUACGGAGCUGCUGUUCGUGUUGACGAGUGCAGCUUCCACCAGGCGGUCCGACUGGACGAAUUUGACACCCAUCGGAUUCUCCGACUCUGUCCCAGCCAGGGAGAGCAAACAGUAAUGCAGUACCAGCUGAGUGAUGAUCUGCCUUCAGCUCCUCCUUUCCGUCUCUUCCCGACCAUCGAGAGAGACAGCGGAGGAAGACUACUGAUGUACCUGAAGCUUCGCUGUGAUCUGCCACCAAAGAGCGCUGCCAUCAACGUCUGUGCCACCAUUCCUGUUCCCAAGGGCUCUGUCAGUUUGUCGCAGGAGCUCAGCAGUCCAGAUCAGAGCGCCGAGCUGAAGCUACAGAGCCGAGCCGUCGACUGGCAGAUCCCUCGAUUCCCCGGAGGAACUCAGCUGUCCGCUCUUUUCAAGCUGGAGGUCCCCGGGCUCAGUUCGGCCUCCAUGUUGGAGGUCGGUCCGGUCGGUCUGAGUUUCGAGCUGCCCAAGAUCACCGUCACAGGGCUGCAGAUCCGAUUCCUCCGCCUGUCCCCUGUCCAGCCCGGCCCAUCACAGCGCUGGGUCCGAUACGUCACCCACUCUGACUCGUACACCAUCAGGAUUUAACCUGACUGAUGAAACAAUUGUGUAAAUAAAAUGUUUAUAUAUGGA